GAAAAUCAGUGAUGAGAAGGCGGGUGUGGAAAACACAAAGCAUCUAUCUGGGUUUCUUCUUGAGAAACAGGAAAGCUUGAAAACCAGAGACAAAAAUUCAGGCAAUUAUGGCAUAGCAAAAGAAAAUCAAUUAAUUUGGAAGUCAUAUUUGGAUUGAAGAACGAAAACCCACAUGGCUCAAAGCUAAAAGCUGUUAGCUUUCAUGCAAAGAAACAAUCAAGGAAAGUAACAGAAGACUCUUCUUAAACCUCUUCAAUCUCAGUGUAUUAGUGGUUGAUUAGGCAUGGAUGAGUUACUUCGUCUGAGUAUUGGGGGUGCCGCAAAUUCGGAUGUAAAUAUCUCGGGUGGAGAAGCUGCUGGUCCCACGUCCUUGCCCGCGGAUGGUGUUGAUCGAAAUUUGUUACAGCCACCGUAUGAUGGGCAGACUUUUGGUAGUUUAGAAGAAAUGGUACAGUAUUUGCAGUCGUAUGCGAAGGCUAUUGGGUUUCAAUGGAGAUAUAGAACUUCAAGAAAGAAUAAGAGCAAUGGGGAAAGAUGUGGUGUUCGUAUGGUGUGCACUAAAGAAGGAACGAACAAGCCUCGAGGAAAGAGUCCCAAGUAUUUUAGGCUUUCAGGGAGGGAAGGGUGUAAUGUUGCCAUGUCUUCUUCCUUGCAAAGUGAUGGUCGGUGGAAGAUUAGCAAAAUUCAUUUGCAGCAUUGUCAUGAGAUUGAUUUGAAUGCUGUACCGUUACAUAUGCGACAGCAUCUAUUAGAGUUGAAUGAUAGGUCGGGCAUUGAGGAAGAAGAAGAAGAGGAAAAUGAAGAAGAAGAGGAGGGGAAACCAUAUGAUGGACAAACUUUUGGUAGUUAUGCAGAACUGAUUCAGUUCUUGUUUUCUUAUGCCAAGAAAGUUGGAUUUCAAUGGAGCAUCAGGACUUCAAGAAAGGAUAAGAACAGCGGUAAAACUUGUGGUAUCUGCAUGGUAUGUAGUAAAAGCAAGCGGAGAAAACAGCCAAAUUCUGAGGGGGAGGGGUGUGACGUUUCACUAUGUUCUACCUUGCAAAAGGAUGGUCAGUGGAAGAUCAACAAAAUUCAUUUGCGACACUGUCAUGAGAUGGAUCCAAAUGCAACUCCCAUUCUUCGGAGAUGGUAUCUACUAGCAUUGAAUGGUAGGAUGGGUAUCGAGGAAGAGGAAGCAAAGGAGGAGGGAGAAGAAAUGGAGGAGGGGGGGGAGGGGGAGACAGAACAAGAAGAAGCUGGGAACUCGUCUUUGUCCAAUGAUAUUGAUCGUCCUUCUAUUGAUCCACUGUAUAAUGGACAGACUUUUGGUAGUUUACAAGAACUGAUUCAGUAUUUGUGCUCUUAUGCAAAGGCUGUCGGAUUUGAAUGGAGGAAGAGAACUUCAAGAAAGAACGAGAACAGUGGUGAAAUAUGUGGUGUUCGCAUGGUAUGCAAUAAAGAGGGAAAACGAGGUUCUUUGGGACCAUCAAUGAAAAAGGGGUGUCCUGUUGCUGUAAAUUCUACCUUGCAGAAGGGUGGUCGGUGGAGGAUCAACAAAAUAAAUUUGGAGCACUCUCAUGAGAUUGAUCCGAAUGUAAGACCAUUCCUUCGGCGGCGACAUAGAUCUAUUCCUCCUCAAUUGCGGGAUCCCCUGGUGUCAAAUGAUAGGUUGGGUAUUGAGGAUGAAGAAGAAAGGGAAGAGGAGGAGGAGGACGAAGGAGCUGUACCUGUUGCCUUGGAGCAACCUCUAGACUCAAGUGGUGAUGAGUAUGAUUCACCUUCAAUAAAUGAUGCAAUAAUGGAAGAGCAACCAUCCUUUGAAUCUUCCUUUAACCAGCAGGAUGCCAUUGAUGAAAGGGGCACCACUUGUCAAAACAGCCCUGACCUGGCUGGAAAUGUUGGACAGCAUUGGAAGAAGCUGAAAAGAGAUAUGGGCAAAUUGACGACGUCCAAUUCAGACAAUAUUAGGCAAUUGAGCAAUAUGGAGAGAACUGUUGAUGUUCUGAUCAGUCAAUAUUUUGGGGAUGAUGUAAACACCACUCUUCAAGAUGUGAGGAAAUUAAUCACUGGACACAAGAACAAGGUCUUUCAUCUAAGGUCUUCAAAAAAAUCUGCUCAAGCUGAAUGCAAGAAUCUUUACAGAGAGAAUCCUGAUUUAUCAGCAACAAUUGACAGAGCAAAACUAGCGUUACAAGCGGAAGAGUCAAAGCUAUCUCAGCUCACAGGUGAAGAAGCUAGAAUCGAAGCGGCAAUCCAAAACUUAAUGGCAAAAAAACAAUCAGUUCUUUCGCAGAAAGCCUCAGCUGCAAAGAAUAUUGAGAAGGAAAACCAGAAAAUGGAAGAGUUGAAGAACACACAAGAAAAGAUCAACAAAGCAGAAAACAGUUUUCGCAAAUGGCAGAAAGAAACGAGUUACGCUAACUCUACUUUCAUUUCAAAUUUGAUGGAUUCCAAGAGGGUGUUGUUCAAGUGAAAUUUUUGGUUCCUUUUGGAUGCAACCUUUCCCUUCUUGUCACUUUUUUUUCCUGCUUCUGUGCUGUAGUUAUUUAGUACGGAGAACGGAACAGUGCUUUCGACUA